AUGACUAUGGUUAAUUCAGCCCCAACUUCUAUGGUUGCUUCUUCAAAAUUGUCAGCUAAUGAUUCCUCUCAUUUUGAAGAUCCAAAAUUAUUUCGUUCUAUUGCAGGGACCCUUCAAUAUCUCACACUUACUAGACCAGACCUUACAUUUGCUGUUAGCAAGAUUUGUCAGUAUAUGCACAAUCCCACUGUCAAUCAUUGGAAAGCACUCAAAAGGAUACUUAGAUAUAUUAAGGGAAAUAUGGAUCAGGAUCUCUUAUUUACAGCCUGUACUGACUUUCGAUUAUUUGCUUUUUCAGAUGCUGAUUGGGGAGCAGAUGCUGAUGAUAGAAAAAGUGUUAUUAGAUACUGUGUCAACCUAGGAACAAACUUGAUUGCAUGGAAAAGUAACAAGCAACGUGUCGUUAGUCGAUCAAGCACAGAAGCUGAGUUUCGUGCAAUUGCUGCAGCUCAAUCUAAAGUCAUUUGGACACAAAAUCUGCUUCAUGAGUUACAUCUCUCUCUCACCACAAUUCUUACUCUCUACUGUGACAACCAAAGUGCUUGCCUUCUUACUGUAAAUCCAAUUUUACACAGCAAAUUUAAGUAUUUCGAGCUAGAUCUUCACUUUGUGAGGGACCAAGUUACACAUAAGAAACUAUUUGUCACUAAUAUUCCAUUCUCAUAA